AUGACAAGCACCUUCGAUGCCAGAGAUAUGAGUUGGGUGGAUCAGCUUCCGGACAAGUUGGAUGCGUUGAAAGCAUUUCGACGUCGGAGUCAGGAGGGCAAAUCGCUUGCCCGGGGUUUGCAUCAACCAGGGCACGGGGACAAAGAGGUCGUUCUGCCGACCCUAGACUGCUGCAAAAUGAACUCCGAGCUGCUAGCGAUCCCGCUCAAGCUGAUGGCCGACAAUGCUUGCAUAUUCGUGCCGCCGGUUUAUCUUCUACAGGGUGCAUGUUUGGAAUUCCACUCGGAGGCUGGCUUUCCUGAUGCAGCGGCACUUCAAGUAGCAGGUAAUUCGGAUGGCUGGGCCAUGAAACGGCUACUUAACGUCCUCAAGCGCAAAUGGAAUCGCCCUGAGACCCCUCGAGACACCACUGUUCGUGCUUUGACUGACGAGUUCCAGCGAGCUUACGACAAUCUGGAGUACGUGCCCCAAUCUAAGGUGUUCGUAUGA